GACAAUGCUUCAGCGAGGCAUCCGCGACAUCACUCGUAUGUUGCCAGUACAGGGUGAGUGCAGAGGGGACGUCUGACGGUUGUGGAAGCAGAUGACGAUGGUCUUUCCUCCCAUGCGACAUCACCGCGCUACUGCAUCACCGCGCUACUGGGAAAAAGUCGCGCUAUAGUUUAUCACUCCCGAACUCCGCAUUCACACCUCCAGCUCUCGACACUGCUCCAUCCCAAUCCCCGCACCAAUGGCCACCCCGAUACCCUCUCCCAGCGCUCUGCGCGCCCUCCGCGCCUCCAUCGCACCUUACACCCGCCAGACCCAGCAAGUGCGCCACGCGACACUCCUGCGCCGACCCAAGCGACCCUACACAUUCACACAGCUCGUCCAACUCUCAGACGGCUCCGCAUUCACCCUGCGCACGACAAAUCCUCAGCCCGUUCUCAAGAGCGCGAAAGAUAUCAAGAACAACCCGCUGUGGAAUCCGAGUAGUCAGAAGCUGCUGAACGUGGAGGAGGAUGAGGCCGGUAAACUGGCGGCUUUCAGAGCGAAGUUUGGCACAGGGUGGGAUAGCGAGGGCGAGAAGGGCAAGAAGGGAGACAGUCUCCUAGACAUCAUUGGCGGCGCUGCUAAGCAAACGGACGCGCCAAAGGCACCACCCAAGGCUGCGGCCGCGGCACCGCCACCAGCAGCGAAGCCUGCGCCGAAGAAGAAGUAGCCAUACAAAGGAAAUGGGCCAAGAGGAUCGAUGAGCAUUGGAGGCGCGCAUGUACAGCAUGUCAUACUAUUGUACAAUAUGGGUUGGGAAUAUCAGAAGAACGACUUAGAGGCCUGCACAUGAGCUGCAAGUAGAAGGCUUUGGAGAGAGAUCCACACCACCAUUCAAACAUCAGCUAGGAAGUCUUCAAAAGACUCCCAUCCACCGUCCUCCUUUCCAGCUAGCACCCCGCCCUAGAGAAUCCCAGGUUGUGCAUCAGCAACCUCAGCUUCCUACCUUCUUGUUCUUGGCUGUGUAGGAUUCACAAGAUC